UCUCUCUCUCUCUCUCUCUCUCUCUGUUUGUCAUGUUUCCAGACCACCAGAAGCUUGAGAGAGAGGCCAGGAUUUGCCGUCUGCUGAAACAUCCCAAUAUUGUGAGGCUUCAUGACAGCAUAUCAGAGGAGGGCUUCCACUACCUACUGUUUGAUCUGGUGACUGGAGGAGAGCUGUUUGAGGACAUCGUAGCCAGGGAGUACUCAUCCGUCAGUCAUUGCAUACAGCAGAUUGUAGAGAGUGUUCAUCAUUGCCAUGUCAAUGGUAUCGUUCACAGGGACCUGAAGCCUGAGAACCUCCUAUUGGCCAGUAAGCUGAAGGGGGCGGCGGUUAAGCUAGCUGACUUUGGGCUCGCCAUCGAGGUGCAGGGCGACCAACAGGCAUGGUUUGGUUUUGCUGGUACACCAGGCUACCUGUCUCCAGAGGUUCUGAGAAAAGACCCAUAUGGGAAGCCUGUGGACAUGUGGGCCUGUGGGGUGAUCCUGUACAUCCUAUUGGUCGGUUAUCCUCCCUUCUGGGACGAGGACCAACACAGACUGUACCAGCAGAUCAAGGCUGGGGCCUACGAUUUCCCGUCCCCAGAGUGGGACACAGUGACUCCUGAUGCCAAAGACCUGAUCAAUAAGAUGUUGACCAUCAACCCCGGAAAACGCAUCACCACCGCAGAGGCCCUCAAACACCCCUGGAUCUGUCAACGGUCCACUGUAGCUUCCAUGAUGCACAGACAGGAGACUGUGGAGUGUCUGAAGAAGUUCAACGCCAGGAGAAAACUCAAGGGAGCCAUUUUGACCACUCUGCUG